GGAAGCAGGAACCAAAUUCGUCAGGCGCUUCGGGCACGCCUGCCCGGGACGGGACGUGGCAGGCGGGAGAAUGUGGCCAGGCCGGUUCUCCACAAACCGGUCCGACCGGACCUGCUUUUCCGGAAGGAAGGAAGGCUAUCGCCUCGUCUUCGUCGUCCUCGUCUUCGUCGUCUCCGUCGCGGCCUCGGUAACAUGGCGGUCAACAUGAGCAAAAACGGCGCCGAGCUGAUGGCGGCCUACAAGGACGUGGUGGACGGACGCUCCGACACCAACUGGUCGGUCGCACCCGGAUUUCCACUAACUCCCGGUUUUGUUCACCUACGAGGGCAACAGCAAUGCCAUCCGCGUGGCGGGAAAAGGAGGCGGCGGUCUGGAGGAAAUGGUGGAGGAGCUGAACAGCGGCAAGGUGAUGUACGCCUUCUGUCGAGUGCAAGAACCCAACUCGGGCCUGCCCAAAUACGUGCUCGUCAACUGGACAGGCGAAGGUGUGAAGGAAAUACACAAAGGACUGUGCGCUAAUCACUUGAGUACAGUGGCCAACUUCCUGAAGGGCGCCCACGUGACCGUCAACGCUCGCGACGAGGACGACGUGGACCCCGACGUGAUUUUGUCCAAAGUGUCCAAAGCGUCGGGAGCCAACUCCAACCGACCCGAAAGCGCGAGUCCACGAGCCGCGGACGUCCCGCGAGGCGCCGCGGCUUCGGUCUAUCGCAAAACAAACGCGGCGGAGGAAAUUCGACAAAUCGACAAAGAUUCAUUUUGGACUCGUGAGCAGAGGGAGGAGGAGGCGCGGCGCCAAGCGGAGGCCAACAAGGCGGCGCUACAGAGGCGAACGGUGGAGAAGGAACGGCUCGACUUGGACCAGAAACACGCCGAGGAACGCGAGAAGAAGAUACAGCAGAGGAACGUCGCCAUUGACCACAACAGAAUUCUGCAGAAGCAAAGAGAAGAAGAAGAGCGAGAGAAAGAACAACAGCGACGGAAUGUGCAGGACGAAGCGAAGACAAGCACGGGCCUCAAGUUGGCCGCGUCGGUGCAGGCUGCCCACGAGGCCAAGGCGCUGAUCGCGCAGCGUUCCUUCAACCCUCACGACGUCUUCAAGAGCAAGGACACGAGUUCGGAGCUCGGCUACGGAGGCGCCGCACCCACAGUGGGGAAGCUGCGAAGCCCCUUUUUGUCCCAGCAAGCCUUUGAUAGCCCUCAGCCUCCCACCGGCCACAAAGCCUCUCGACCCUUGGAGCCCGCGCCUGCGACUUCGCCCACCCGGGAACCCUUCCAGGCCUUCGAAUUUGCCGGCGGUCACGAACCGUCCGUUGCCCAAAGCGCGCCGCAUUCCUGGACUGCGCCCUCCUCGCCUCCCGGUGUCACAACCUCGACCGAUGGCUUCCUCUCACGGGCGGCGGCGACCGCCCCCCCGGCGGCUGCGCCCGGCCAGGCUGCAGCGGAGGAGGACGAUUGGUCGGACGAGUUUGACGACGACCUGUACGAGGCGGUGCCCAGUGGCGAGCGUCUGAAGACGCUCACCGACGCCAUGUUCCCUACGCGCGCGGAGGACAACGAGUGCGCUGUGCCGCGGCCCGUGGGCGGGGCCGUUCUUUUUGACGACGUCGGCCGAGAUGUCUACACGGCUCAAGACGACAACGACGCAGGACAAAACGUCCGCGCCAGAGCCGUGUACGACUACCAGGCCGCCGACGACACGGAGAUCACCUUUGACCCCAACGACAUCAUCACGGGCAUCGAGAUGGUGGAUGAAGGCUGGUGGCGAGGUUACGGCCCCGACGGUCAUUACGGCAUGUUUCCCGCCAAUUACGUUGAACUCUUGUAAUUUUUUUUUUUUUUUCAUCAUGUGACGCUUCAGCUAAAACUUCAAUAUUUUGCUCAUAUUUGUGUCUGCUGUUAAAAACCAGAGGUGGGAAGUAACAAAGUGGUAAGAAAGCGUUCAAAAAUUCUCCAUCUUGUCUGAAAUGAAAAUUUCAAUCUUUUAUAUCUGUUCUAAAUGUACAAUAAAAGGAUAUGUUUCAA